AGAUUCGGUCCGUCUCCACUCAUUUCCGCACCAGGGUCUAUGUAUCGGCAAGGAAAUUCGCAUUCGUAUUAAAUUAAUCCAAUGCAAGCUUGACGAGAUGAGAUCAUACAAGCGGUAGUCUUGAAUGUCCAAGCCAAUUAUUUAAAGAGGAGGAUUUCUGCUGUUCAUCAGUGGACUCAACACAUCCUCAAAUCUGUAUGCAGAGUGAGUUCUCUAUUCAAGAUGAACAUCUCAUCCUGCUCGCCUGCAGAAAUCCAAACCCCCACUGUCUUCGGGGCAGAGGUUCUCUCCCUGUCAGCCUUGUGGGUCACCAACUACACUCUCAACGUCCCAGCUGAUUUCAACUACAACCAUGGUGAUGUCGAUGUGCGCAAUGCGCAGUUCUGCAACAUCACCGUCACCUACACGCACCCUGGUUACAACGACCAGAUCACAGUCGAGACCUGGCUUCCGCCUCGGACCAAAUGGAACGGCCGACUGCAAGCCACAGGGGGUGGCGGCUGGCAAGCCGGGCGGUUCGUGCUGUCCCAGUUCUUCAUGAGCGGCGCAAUCGGUGAGGGAUAUGUGGCGACCACCACCGAUGCUGGCUUGGGGGAUGCUGUCGGGCCCAGCUCGUGGGCGCUCCAAAGCCCCGGGAACAUCGACUAUGUCGCGCUCAACAACCUGGGCUCCCGGUCAUUAAAUGAUCAAGCUAUCAUCGGUAAGAGCCUGGUCAGCAGCUUCUACGGUCGAGCGCCAGACUACACCUACUGGAGUGGUUGUUCUCAGGGCGGUCGACAAGGUCUGAUGCUGGCACAGCGGUACCCCACGGCGUACGAUGGCAUCGUCGCCUCGGCCCCUGCCCAAUCAUGGACCAAAUUUGUGUCCGCCCUGUAUUAUCCCAUUUUAAUGCGUCAGUGGCACGGAGUCGACCCGCUGGCCUGCGAGUUGGACUUUCUGACGACCGAGGCUAUCGCCGCCUGUGACGCGAAGGACGGGAUUGUGGACGGGCUCAUCUCUAACGUUACGGCGUGCGACUACAGUCCGUACACCUCUGUCAAUAAGACUUUCGCCUGUGCCACUCUGAACAAAACGAUGGCGCUCAGUCCUGGUGCCGCGCUCAUCGCCGAUGCCGCCUGGUCAGGACCACGGACCAAGGACGGCGAGCGACUGUGGUAUGGGGUGAACCCGGGCGCCGACAUCAGCCAGUUUGGCUCGGUACCUGGCGCCAAUUCCUCACAGUCGGACAUGUGGUUCAACCUGUUCGUGGCUAAGAAUGCCAGUUUUGACACUAUCCACAUGAGUCCUGAGGUUUAUGAAGAGUUCUUCCACCUCGGCACCCAAGAAUAUGCCAGCACCAUCAACGCGGCCGAUCCAGACUUGACUGCCUUCCGGGAGGCCGGCGGGAAGCUCCUCACUUAUCAUGGCAUGGCCGACGAUAGUAUCCCCACGAAGGGCACCGAAUUCUACUACAAGUCCGUCCAAAAGCAAUUCCCGGAUGUACAGGACUUCUAUCGCUACUUCGAGUCGCCUGGGCUCGGGCAUUGCUCAGGCGGACAAGGGGGUCAGCCGACUACGAUUUUCGACGCGCUGAGACGGUGGGUGGAGAACGGCACUGCUCCAGAAACCCUCCCGGUGGAAUAUGCCAGGCCCCAGGGUGAACCGCUGCAUCGUAUCAUAUGCCCUUAUCCCGCACAGGCCAAAUAUAUGGGCGGAGAUAUCUCGUCGGCCGAGAGCUUCCGUUGUAUUUAGAGCGCAUUGACACCUUCUGCCUUAUCAGGGGUACAGAUUAUCAUCGUUUACUUUCUCUUCUUUCCC